UUCUAGAUGCUUGUUUGAUGAAUCGAUUCAAUGAGACUCCAUUAGAGCUUGCAUCCAGCUAUCAACAUGCCUUGGUGGAAAAAGAACUUAGAAAACAUCUAAAAGUAACUUCACAUUUACAAGACAAAGAAGAAAACGACRAUUCUUUAACAUCCUGCUAUCAGAGACAAASCAAGAUACCCAAACGAAACUACAAGACAAAACCAUCAACGUACCAUUAUCAACCAAGAGACUCAUGGUCUUCAACAGACAUAUCACUUGAACCAAGACAAAAACAAAACACAGAUCAACARCAAAAGACAAAAACCCUUGAUAAUCAUSAGAAAACCCCCAUUGCUCCUUCRUUCCUACAUGUSAUGCCAGUAUCACAACUAUCACCACAAACGAGAGAACUKACUGGUGGCAAACCAGAUUAUGUUUAGAGCACUAUUUAUUUAAAAAAUAAUUUAGAUA